GAUGGCUUUGAAUUUCAGCAGUGUAUUUGUUGUGUAUCUAGCCAUCUAGGUGUCCAUCUCACUCGUGCAUCAAUGCAUGUGUGUCUACACGUCCCUUGCACCAUCGUCAUGUCGGACAGCGACAUACCAACCAGCCUCCAGGCGCUGGGAACGACGGGCAAAAGACUGACGGACCAGCCGGCGCAUUGACUGCCACGCGAGAAAACCAACCAAUCCCUAUGCACAAGUCUUACUAAGCAAACCCCCCAUCUCCUCUUCGACUCCCUGCUCGCUAGGCACAGCGUCAAUUCCAUCACCGCCGGACACAUGCACAUAAUGCACGUAUGUCCCUGCUACAGCUACCAGCCUUGAUCGACUGCCGACCGUGUGACAUCGCCGUCGAACGCAUCGUAGCCUAUAUACGGGAGCGGCCGGUCGGACAGGAGCGCGUCAAAGUCAGCCUUCAACACCUCCUGCGCGUGCACACAGAUAUCGACGACUCACUCCGUACACACCUUUCCGUUUCCCUCCCCGUGGUUGGUGCCUGACCUUCGGUAUCAGUCCAAUGAGUGCAGUGAGGAUCUCCCCCCGUGCUGACACGAGCGCAAUGUGAGGAAUGGCAUCGACGCGGAACCUCUGCACCAGCCGCUGACUCGACGUGUCCGACCGGCUGCCAUCUACCGUCACGAAGUUGACCCGCCCUGAGUACUCCUUCUCGAUGGUCCGCAUCGACGGCGCCAUCGUCUUGCAGUUCUCGCACCACGGCGCGUAGAAAUCGAUGACAGUCGGCCUCCCGUUGGUGAACAGCUGCGCAUCUGGUCACACGGGGAGAGGAGGGCACCAUGAGUGAGCACUGGUCAAUCAACAAGGGUCGGCGUGUGCUUACCGACAGGCGGUGAGUCGCGUUCCAUCUCGCGUAGGAUGACCAAGGGGUCCGCACGGAGAGGAUUCAGCCGCUGACCGCCAUACAGCAAGGCCCCACCCAAUCCACUACCUGACAGAUGCAGGGCGCACGCACACACGCAGCACAGACAAGGGGAUGCACAACCACGCCGCUCUCCACUGUGUGUGCUGGCAUGCCUUCUCUGCUCACCCAAGGCGACCCUCAUAUUCUCGCGCCUCUCCACAUUGAGUGCCUCCACCGCCGCCUCCCUCUCCCUCUCCCUCGCAGCAGCCGCUCCAUCGUCGUUGACACUCUUGCCUAGCAGAAGCGCCAUCCUCUCUUGGGCCGUAAGGCCGUCAUCCGGUGCAGCGACAGCUGUGCUGUCGGCCUCUCUCUUGCCAUCUGUUUCACCAGCGCUGGUCGAUUGCUGCUCGGCGAAGCGGUGAGUGGGCCGUCUGCGGAGCUGCAGUGAUGGAGCGGAGACGAAUAGAGGGUCAAGCCACGGCCGCGAGUCAGAGAUCACGGAGUUUGCCGGGUUGCGCGUCGCCGCGUCUCCUUGCAGCAGAGGGAAGAAACACAGGAUGCCAGAGAUCUUCUUCAUUCUGGGAGGGAGUGGGAGAG